AUGAAUUUAAGUACUUUCAAUUGCUGCAACUUAUUUGUGCUUGUUAACGUCAUGAAGUUGGUAAUUGUAUUGAAAUUAGUCUUCAUUGGUUUUGGUGAAACAACUCGAAUGAAUGUAACCGAAGGUCUUAAUCUUACUACACUACCCGAUGGAUUUUUGAUGGGAGUUGGUGUAUCUGCUCUACAAACGGAAGGAGCGUGGAAUGAAUCUGGCAAAAGUGAAACUAUUUGGGAUCAUUACACCCAUACGUAUCCCGAGAAAAUAGCAGAUGGAUCGAAUGUAGAUGUUGCCACCGACUUUUACCACAAGUACAAAGAAGACAUUCAACUGGUGAAAGACAUCGGAUUCAACACCUUUCGUUUCUCGAUAAGCUGGUCACGAAUAUUCCCAUCUGGCUACGCAGUCGACCCUAACGAAGAUGGCCUUCGUUUUUAUCACAAUGUCUUGGAUGAACUGAAAAGACAAGGGAUCACGCCGUUUGUUACCCUCCACCAUUUUGAUCAUCCCCAAGUUUUGGAAGAUCAACUGAAUGGUUGGUUGAACGAAAGCAUGGCCUACGCUUUCGCCGAUUACGCAGAAUUUGUAUUUAGAGAAUACGGAAGUAAAGUCAAAUACUUUACGACAAUAAAUGAGCCUCAGGCAUUCUGUGAAUAUUUUUACGCAAAAACACUUUCCGACGUCUCCAAUAGCGGUUUAUAUUACUUGUGCGUCCACAACAUCAUAAAAGCACAUGCUCUUGCUUACCGGAUUUACGAUAAAGAGUUUCGUCACAAACAAAAUGGACUAGUUGGAAUAGUUCAAGCCAGUCCUUUUUUUUACAAUCUUGUGGAUGAUGAUGUCAAUGCACAAAAGAUUGCAUUCGAAUUGCAUUUGGGCUUGGUGUCGCAUCCGAUAUUUUCCAAAACCGGAGAUUACCCUGACUUAGCGAAGCAAUUGAUUGACGAGAGAAGUAGAGUCCAGGGAUUGGAAAAGUCUAAAUUGCCGGUUUUCACUCAAGAAUGGAUCGAGCGUAUACAAGGAUCAUCUGAUUACUUCGGAUUGAAUCAUUACACUACUUUUUUUGUCAAAUCGUCACCACCAUCUAAAAUGUCAGAGUGGAAUACUGAUGACGGUAUUAAUUAUCUUUACGACUCCAAGUCUCCAUCCACUCAAAUGGUACAGAUGAAGAUUGUACCCCGAGGAUUUAGAGAUUUGUUAAAUUACAUCAAAAAUAAUUACAAUGAUCCAUCAAUUUUUGUGACCGAAACGGGUGCAAGUGAUGCUAAUUUAACUAAUGACACCAUAAGAAUGAGCUAUAUUUACUCUUAUACCAAGGAAUUGAUGAGAGCAAUAAAUGAGGACAAGUGUAAAGUGAAGUCUUUGAUUUUUUGGUCUUUAGUGGACAAUUUUGAAUUUUACGGGGGUUAUACUAUCAAAUUUGGACUUGUCCACGUUGAUUUUGAAGACAAAAAUCGAAAAAGAACGUUAAAAGAAUCCGCAAAAUGGCUCAGGCUAGGAUUUAAGACGCAGCAACUUUUACCACCACCUUUUUUUAAUGACUGA